AAUCGUCAAGGUAGAUGUCUGUGACUACAGGGCGGGUUGUUCCUUGAAGUGAAGCUACUUCCCGAAUUGGAGCCACAUCCCAUUUUAUCACGGGCUUCCCUUAGUUCACCUUUAUGGUGACGAUCAAUCAUAUUGCUCUUGCUGCACCAGAGGUACCCUACAGUAGCCUGCUCUACCUCAUGGUAGGGGACCUGGAGCGAUGAAAGACACUAAUAAAGAGGAGGGAGGAGGAACGGGGAAACCGGAGAAGGAUCAGAGCUGGAUCUGCAAGAUCAUUAAGAAGAGAGUGUGUACAACUUUUGUUGAAGAUUCGUCGAGCAAUGGAGCUCUGUGUCAGUGUGGGGGGGCACGGGAGACGCAUACGUCAGUGGCCACGGGGGAUUAUUUCAGCACAGCCAUCGUGAGCCAGUGGGACAGCGCCCAGCACUCGUCUGAGUACCCGACCGACGCCUUUGGGGAACUGGAGUUUGCUGGCGCAGGGAAGAGACACAGUCACUUCCUGCGCUUGUCCUGCGACACCGCCCCAAACACCGUGUACACACUGAUGACCGUUCACUGGGGAAUACCUCAGCCUAACUUGGUGGUGUCAGUGGUGGGCGGACAGGGCAAGGUGAAGGUGAAGCCCUGGGUUCGAGAGGUGCUCAGACAGGGCCUGGUUAAGGCUGCGCAGAGUACUGGCGCAUGGAUAUUGACAGGAGGGUUGCGAGAGGGGGUGGGGAGGUGUGUGGGCGAGGCGGUCAGAGACCAUGGCACCGCUGCCCCCUCACUGACCCAAACCAAGGUCAUCACCCUGGGCAUCACACCCUGGAGCCUGGUACAAAACAGACAGCAACUGGUCAACCCGCAGGGCAGCUUCCCUGCCAGAUACUAUGUGCAGAACACUUCGAGCGACACCUGCUGCCUGGACAACAACUGCCAGGCCUUUCUGCUGGUGGACGACGGCAGCGUGGGGCGCAGGGGGGUGGAAGCCGGCUUCAGGGCCCGUCUGGAGGAGUACAUCUCCAACCAGAAGACGGGCAUCUGGGGCAGCGGAAGCAUUGAGAUUCCUGUCCUGUGUAUGCUGAUAGCCGGAGAGGCAUCCAUGCUAAAGCAAGUGGAGAGUUCUCUUCGGAACUUGACGCCCUGGCUCGUCCUGGAAGGGUCAGGGGGUGCAGCUGACCUCAUCUCUGAGAUUGUGGAUGACCUCUUCUCUGCACCCUCUGUCUCGGCUGCAGUUGAAGGAGAAGAGGAGGACCCCAAUCUUGACCUGAGGGAGCAAGUUAGACAGAGAGUGAAGAAGCACUUUCCCUCUGAGAAAGAAAAAAAGAUUGAGAAACUGACUGAAAUGGGGCUGAAUAUAUGUCAGAAUAGGGAGCUGAUCACCAUCUAUCAUGGUGAGCAGGAGGGACCGGAUGAUUUUGACACCGUACUGCUUAAAGCUCUAGUCCGAGCGAGUAAACAGCGGGAUGCAAAUGACAAAAGCCCUUACACAGAGGAGCUGAAACUCGCUGUGGCCUGGAACCGAGUGGACAUUGCCAAGAGCGAGCUCUUCAAUGGGAAUAUUCAGUGGAAGUACGCUGACUUGGAGGACUCCAUGACAGACGCCUUGGUGAACAACAAGCCCCAGUUUGUGCGGCUCUUCACCGAGAACGGCUUCAACAUCCUGGACUACCUGACGUACGAGCGGCUGGAGAGCCUGUACAGUUCUGUGUCGGACAGCUCCCUGGCCUACACGCUGCUGCACCGCCGUCUGAGCGAGCGGCAGGUCAGCGCGGGGUUGGCGCCCUCCCUCAAUACAGAGGACGAUAUCGCAUCCGGCGAGAACCCCCAGUCUGGACUCAUUAAAGAACGGUCCACUAAGGAAUUCAGUUUGUACGAGGUUUCAAGAGUAUUGUGGGAGAUCUUGGGAGAUGUUUGUCUGCCGUUCUACUUUGGUCCCUUGCAACUGGAUGAUGUUGCUCCCACAAGAAAGUCACUCAAGAAAGUGAACAAGGUUCUUCAGGGCCCGUGUUUGUACCGCAGCAAGUCCUGCCUCCACCCCUGGGCUGCUCUGUUCAUCUGGGCUGUCCUGCAGAACCGCCGAGAGAUGGCCAUCUUCUUCUGGGAGAUGGUAGGUGAGUCUGUGCUGAGCGCGCUCACUGGCUGUAAGAUGCUGAGGGAACUUUCAAAACUGGAAUCGGAGAAUGAGACCAAGCAGUCCAUGAAGGAGCUGGCACAGAAGUUUGAGAACCUGGCACAUGAUGUGUUCAGUCAGUGCUAUCAGAGCAGUGAGAAUCGCUCCUUUACGCUACUCAUCAAGAAGUCAAUGGUUUGGGGCGGUGCUACCGCUCUGCAGAUGGCGACAGCAGGUGAUGCCCGCCUCUUCUUCAGCCAUGAUGGAGUGCAGUCUCUCCUGACUGAGAUCUGGUGGGGAGAUAUGGACAGAAACACAAACAAGUGGAAGCUCAUCUUUACUUUCUUUUGCCCUUUUCUUGUCUAUACCAGACUCAUCAACUACAGGAAGCUCGAUGAGGACGCAAACCAUGAGGAGGUUCCUCCGGCCAAAGAGAUGGAUAGCCUGGAUGGAGAGACCAUCUUCUCUUUCGCUGACAUCAAGCAAACUCUCAGUGAAGACGAACCUGAAGAAUUCACAGAAUUUCAUUCUCUAAGACCGAACAAAGGUGGGAACACCCAUCGGAAGUCUAAGCGCCCAUUUGUGCUAGCCCGAUGGAGACAGUUCUGGUCUGCACCAGUCACUUCUUUUCUAGGAAAUGUGCUGAUGUACUUCCUGUUCCUCUUCCUGUUUGCCUAUGUGCUAUUGGUUGACUUCAAGCCACCACCUCCAGAAGGUCCUUCCACAAUGGAGUUUGUGCUGUACUUCUGGGUCUUCACCAUUGUCUGCGAAGAAAUCCGACAGACCUUCUUUGUGGGGAACAGCCCAUUGCUACAGAGGAUGUGGCUGUACAUUCAGGAUCUGUGGAACAAGUGUGACCUUACAGCCAUCGUAUUAUUCAUCGUCGGCAUGUGCUGCAGAAUGUUCCAGUGGUCCUACGAGAUCGGCCGGGCCGUGCUCUGUCUGGAUUACAUGGUGUUCACCCUCAGACUCAUCCACAUUUUUGCCAUUCACAAGAGAAUGGGCCCCAAGAUUAUUAUUUUGGGGAAAAUGAUCAAAGAUGUGUUCUUCUUCCUUUUCUUCCUGGGGGUGUGGCUAUUGGCAUAUGGAGUGGCCAAUCAGGCGUUGCUGUACUCGUAUGACUCUCGCCCAGACUGGGUCCUGCGCAGGGUGUUCUACCGGCCUUACCUGCACAUUUUCGGACAGAUCCCCCUUGAGGACCUUGAUGCUGCCAAGGCUGGGGAGGUGACCUGCACAGACAACGUGACGCUAAUUGAUGCUGGAGCUGAGCCUUGUAUCAACACUUAUGCCAAUUGGCUGGUGAUCAUUCUGCUGGUGGUCUACCUGCUGGUCACCAACAUCUUGCUUCUCAACCUUCUCAUUGCCAUGUUCAGCUACACGUUCUCCAAGGUACAAGACAACAGCGACAUCUACUGGAAAUUCCAGCGUUACAACCUGAUUGUGGAUUACCACAUGCGCCCCUCCCUGGCUCCCCCCUUUAUCAUUCUAUCCCACCUCCACCUCAUCAUCAAGAGGAAAAUCCGCAAGAUCCCCUCUGUCAAGGUCCGCCACUUCGUGAUGGAGUUAACAGACAAGCGGGCCAACAGGCUGAUGACAUGGGAGGCCAUUCAGAAAGAGAACCUCCUGACCGAACUGAACAAGAGGCAGCGAGGGAGCGACACAGAGAGACUCAAGCGCACAUCUGCCAAGGUGGACAAUGUGCUGAAACAAAUGGCUGAAAUUCGUGACCAUGAUCGCCGAUUGAGAGCACUGGAAUCACAGACGGAUUAUUGCUGUAGUGCCCUCGCUUGGGUGGUGGAGACAUUACAUCAGAGCAACCUGGGCAAGCCAACACGUCCUCCACCUAAACUCAGAGAGCCUCCUCCCUCUUCUUCGAGUUGAUUCCAAAGGAAAACAACCAAAAUUAAUAUAUAGGGUCAGUGAAAGGAAGAGGCAGACUUUUUCACUUUGUUACUGAACCUGUUUUUAUGGCUUUAAAUCCUGAAGGCUGUUUUACUGCUGCUGAUUGUUCACUUUCUGUUUUUAUAUCAGCCUUCACUAUUUGUCAUUUGCUCGUGCUGUACUUUCAUAUUGUUCACUGUUUUCACACAGAUCAGGAAUGAGUGUGGAAAUACAUACAAAUACAAACUUCAGAAAUACAUAGAGAAACAACACUUGAUCUUGCUAGGGAACUCUAGGGCGACUGUCUGGUGUCAUUUUAUUUAAGAAAUGGUUAUGUAAAUUCAAAUUUGUGUGUGUGUGUGUGUAUGUGUGUGAGACCUCCUGUUGUCAUCUCUUUGGAGAGUAAAGGGCACAGUGUGUGGAGGACAAUGUUCUGUUUUGGCUUUAACCUUACAAGGAUGUGUGCUUGCAUGGAUCACACUGGCCGAGGAGAUGAAAUGAAUUGCGUAACCAUGGAUCUUACAGGAGGAAACAAAAUUAACACAGAAGAAAAGCCAUUCCAUCUUAAACUGUUUACUUAAAAUUUUGUUGGAUCUCAUAUAUGUUUCUGAUUGAUGUUUGCUGAAUUAAACGAUCUUGCUUGCUUA